CGUGUCGGCCCCCAGUUUAAUCCAAACAUCGACGACGGGACGUUCGCGGCCGCUCGAACCAUCACCGAACUCCCCCCCCCCGUAUUGGCGUUAAAUGACAGCAUGGCUGCCCAGAAAAUAAACGAAGCCCACGAACACAUAGUCAAAGCCGAGAAAUGUUUAAAGACAAGUCUGACAAAAUGGAAACCGGACUUUGACAGCGCCGCCUCAGAAUACGCUAAAGCAGCCGUGUGCUUCAAGAAUGCCAAGCAGUACGAGCAAGCUAAGGAUGCUUACCUGAAGGAGGCCGAAUAUCACACCGAGAACAAGACGCUUUUCCACGCUGCAAAGGCUAUUGAACAAGCGGGCAUGAUGAUGAAAGAGCAGAAGAAGAUGCCCGAGGCCAUCCAGUACAUCGAGAAGGCGUGCAUGAUGUACAUGGAGAACGGGACCCCCGACACCGCCGCCAUGGCGCUGGACCGCGCUGGAAAGUUGAUCGAGCCCCUCAACAUCGAGAAAGCGGUGGACUUGUAUCAGAAGGCCGCCGGUGUGUUUGAGAACGAGGACCGUCUGCGUCAGGCUGUGGAGUUGCUUGGGAAAGCUUCCAGGCUGCUGGUGCGGUUAAAAAGGUUGGACGAAGCUGCCGUGGCUCUGCAGAAAGAGAAGAACAUGUACAAGGAGAUUGAAAAUUUUCCAAUGUGCUUCAAGAAAACGACGGCUCAGGUGCUGAUCCACCUUCACCGGGGUGACUACGUGGCGGCUGACAAGUGCGUCAGAGAGAGUUACAGCCUGCCGGGCUACAGCGGCAGUGAAGAUUGCGUCGCCAUGGAGACGCUGCUGCAGGGCUACGACGAGCAGGACGAGGAUCAAGUUUACCGCGUGUGCAACUCGCCUCUGCUCAAGUACAUGGACAACGACUACGCCAAGCUUGCCAUCUCGCUGCGGGUGCCGGGCGGAGGAGGGAAGAAGAAGAAGGCCGCCGCCGCCGCCCCGUCAGGAGGCGGCGGCGGCGGGGACAACGCCGCUGUUGCCGGCGACGACGAGGACGAGUACGAGGGGGGGCUUUGUUAACCUUCCAGCAGUCAACUUCUUUCCUCUUUCAAAGCUUCACCUCCCCCUGCUGUGACGGCUGCAGUCGGCCCAUGUUGUGCAAAAAAAAACCAAACAAAACAAACGAGACUUCCAGUAGAUGUUGCCGAUUCAUUUUAAGGUGAAAAAAUGUAAGCUGUAUCAUUUUUGCUCGCGGUGACGUGCAUGUGUACAUUUUACGUGCGUCGUAGCAAAGAAAUGUGAAAAAUGUGUGUCGCUUUAAUUUAUUCAGAGUCCUUAUUCCCGGAACAACAAUAUUGCACCCAAUGCAUGAUUCUACAAGCUUGACAUAACGCAAAUAAAUAAAAACAGUUCAAAGGUCAACUUGUAAACAAUUCCGUACGUCCUCCUCGUACCCGACUUCAAUGCAUUUGAUCCUAAAAUGCUGGGUCAGCUGACUGUUCUUAAAGGAAAUAAUUAAAGGGUGGUUUAUUUCUGUGUUUUGAUUACGUCGUGGUGUUGCCCAUGUGUACAUUCCGGAAGCAAAUACUGUAUCUGAUGUAUAUACACGCAGAUCAAUAAAUGAUUCAUUUGGUGGCAU